ACUGAGCAGUCCUGGGUUAAGGGGCAGAGAGAGCAGAGCUCGGAGACUGGCCUCGGGGAGCGCAGCUCGGACAGCAGUUAAAGACACCCUGCGGGGAUUCGAGAUGUGGCAGCCGGCCAGUGAGAGGCUACAGCACUUCCAGACCAUGAUCAAAUCCAAGCUGAAUGUGUUGACCCUCCGAAAAGAGCCUCUUCCAACUGUGAUUUUCCAUGAGCCAGAGGCCAUUGAACUUUGCACCACAGCCCCGCUCAUCAAACCCCGACCACAAGCUGGAUGCAAGGUGACAUACCUGGGCAAGUUGUCAACCACUGGUGCACAGUUUUCAACGGGUUGCACGGAACAACCCGUUAUUGAGUUAUGGAAGAAACACACUUUGACCCGUGAAGAUGUGUUCCCCUCAAACGCUAUCCUCGAAAUCCGCCCCUUCCAGGUACGACUCCAUCACCUAGAUAUCAAAGGUGAAGCGACUGUCCACAUGGACACAUUCCAGGUGGCACGUAUUGCCUAUUGCACAGCCGAUCACAAUGUAAGCCCCAACAUCUUUGCCUGGGUAUACCGGGAAAUUAACGACGAUCUGAGCUUCCAAAUGGAUUGUCAUGCAGUGGAAUGCGAGAGCAAGUUAGAAGCCAAGAAGUUGGCACACGCUAUGAUGGUAGCUUUCAAGAAAACCUUCCACAGCAUGAAGAGCGAUGGUCGAAUCCACAAGAAUAAUUCCUCUGAGGACGUAUCCCAAGGAUUUGAAUCUGAUGAUGGUUGAACUGUGUCCUCUUAUUCCUGGGGAAGGCAUCAAUAAUCUGGAGCAGCAACUGGUUUAAGGUCCCAUUGGGAAAGAAGCGACAGAACAUUAGCUGGUCAGCUUCUUCUAUAGAAAUUCAACCUCUAUAGAUAUGUGGCCUUGAAGUGUCUGUUGCAGUGCUGCUUUCCCAAAAAAUGUGACAACACUUCCCUCCUUUCUUCAUUCACUGCCUCCUCUCAGUACCUUUUUUUAUGGUCAUAAAAACUUGCACGACCUUUGUAUAAUUCAAGUUGCCUUGGAAAUUCAUUGAUCCAUUGCAGAACGUGCAGAUGCAGGAUUUUAUUUUUUGUUAGAACUAAAAAAACAUUCUGACCAUUCCUAAGGCUGCCUUUUUAUUAUUUUUGGCUGAAACUCAUAAAUUGUGCCAUUUCUGAAACAUAUUUUUAUUUACACAGUAUAGA